GGCUGAGCCACACACACAAAUGUACAGUUUUAGUGUAAAUGCCACUGAUGGCUCUUGAGUCUUUGCAAAGUAGAUAUUGGAGCUCAGAUUACCCACAUUCGGACCAUUUGGUUGUUUGCAUCCAAGUUUACUUGUCAUGUCAUGUGAUGUUUUAACCUGCGCCAGAGUAUUCAGACUUAUUAUCCAGCUGACUUUAAUUUAGGUGACAUUGUGGUACUAAGUACGGUAAUCUAAGAGUUAAAUUUGUACACAGAUUUUACAGUAAAAUAUUUAUUGUAAAAUUUUCUUAAUUUAAAAUGGACAGUCGAUUUGUUGGUGCUGGGAAUCAGCUUCUCCAUGUGGACAUCUUCAUUGAUGAGCACGAACCUCAUAAGGGAAUCCUGGACCUUCUGAGCAGACUCCGUCCUCACUGGAAGGCACGGGACAUUCAGAUGAAGACAUUUACAGAGGGAAUCACAAACCAGCUCAUCGGCUGCUACGUGGGCUCUCUUCAGGAACCCAGUUGUGUUCUCGUGCGGCUUUACGGCAAAAUGACGGAACUGUAUGUGAAUCGGGACCGGGAGGUGGCGAUGUUCCAGGUUUUCCACGCCCAUGGCUGUGGUCCUGAGAUAUACUGCAGCUUCCAGAAUGGCAUCUGCUAUGAGUUUGUCAGAGGAAAAGUGCUGGAUGAUGAGCUACUACGGCAACCUUCCAUCUACAGAUUGAUCGCAGCCGAGUUGGGGAGAAUCCACUCCAUCCAGCCAAACUGUGGCUCGCCUGUUGAACCCCUGCUCUGGACGAAAAUGUCCCACUUUCUCACACUGGUGCAGAGCAGCAUCAACACCAACGCAGCUGAGCAGUGCUGCACAACAAGUACUGUGACUCCACAGGAGACACCCAGCUUUGAGACUCUGUCUGUGGAAAUGGAGUCACUGAAGAGACACCUCUCCCAAACUGGCUCACCGACCGUCCUCUGCCACAAUGAUCUUCUUACCAAAAACAUUAUCUACAACCAUGACGAAAGAACAGUAAAAUUCAUUGACUACGAGUAUGCCGAUUACAACUACCAGGCUUUCGAUAUUGGCAAUCACUUCAAUGAAUUUGCUGGUGUGACUGAUGUCGACUACAGCCUCUAUCCAAGCCAGGAGCUGCAGAGGGACUGGCUUACGGCCUAUCUGGAGAGUUAUAAGCACUGCAUGGGUUGUGAGGUCACAGUCACAGAGGCAGAAGUUACACAGCUCCACAUUCAGGUCUGCAAAUUCUCACUGGCAUCCAACUUCUUCUGGGGUCUUUGGGCCAUCCUGCAAUCACGUUACUCCUCUAUUGAUUUUGACUUUCAAAGGUAUGCCAAGGCACGACUCAACUACUACUUUGAGAAGAAAGAGGAAUAUUUUGGAUUGACAAUGAACCAGUUAACCUGCUCAAAUUUUGAAGAAAAGCUUUGAAAAAUGUGAUCCAUCCUUUUUUCUUUCUUUCUUUCUUUUAUUUUAUGUUUUGUUUUGGUCACAUUGUAGGAUACAAGGUAAACCACUGUGAAGUAGGAAUACCGUGGGCCUGUAAAUGUGCUUCCCAUUGUUUGUUAUUUCAGUCUAUAGGCAGAGUUAAUAUGUUUUGCUAUCAUUGUGAUUUUUAGAAUAUUUGUUUUACCACAGUCAGUAUGCUGAUAAGCCUGUUUGGCAAAUUGAGACGAAGCCCCUGCCAGAAAAGCAUUAAU